AUGCAUGUCCCGUCUGCAUUGGCAACUUUGGCUGUGCUUGUACGGCGCGGAUAUUCUCCAGCUUCAAUAUUCGUCAGCGCCCACGAAGACGGUUUCGCAAGUGUAGACGUACAAGAGUUGUUCCAGCAGGGCGAAGCUAUUCUGUACUCGGGCGAAAACAACGGUAGUACCUCCACUCCAUGGUCCUAUGAACCAGCUUGUACUCAAGUUCUCGAUAACCUGGGGAGCACUCUCUGCGUCUACACCAGCAAGACAUUUGGAAAUAACAGGGGCAUUUCACUGUUCACAACGCCAACCAUUGCCGAAAAGAUAGCCAUCUCUGCUCCGUUCCACACUUCAGACGCACUGUCCGAUAAUGCCAUCAAUACAUAUGAAUCUAGAUGGUACACAAGCCCAACUCCUGGAAGGGGAUUGGGACUCUUUGCGAAAGCUCCUGUGAGGCGUGGAGAGACGAUAACCGCCAAUACCCCAGUACUAGUUGCGUACACAGAGGGUUUUCUCCCUAAGGCUGAACGAGAAAAGUUCCUCCGUAUCGCCGUCGACCAACUACCGGCUCCAACAAGAGCGUCCUUGCUGGAGUUAUCUAACCUUUACCGUGAUCCUGACAUGUUACUUCAAGGCGUCGUCAGUGGCAACGCUUUCGAUUUGCAAAUUAGUGGUAGGGGACAUCUCGCUAUUUUCCCCGAGGCUGCAAGGAUAAAUCAUGCAUGUUCACCAAAUUCCCUAUUCCGGACGAAUUCUUCCCUACUGUCACAUCAAGUUCUUGCACUCCGCUCUAUCGACAAGGACGAGGAGAUCACCAUCGCGUAUUCCAACCCACUUGAAACCUAUGCAGAACGCCAAAACCAUCUCCGCGACUCAUUCCACUUUACCUGCACGUGCUCACGAUGUUCACGUGGGGAGAUAGCAGAUGGACCAUUGAAGGAGAUUGCUGACUUGCAAGCAGCGCUUUCGGAUUGGACGCCUACUUCUGAAGCCAACGUCAAGAAGGCCGAAAGGCUGAUCAAGAUCUAUCAAGACGAGGGCCUUGAUGGGUACAUCGAUCCUGCCUAUUGUCAUGCUGCACUGACAUACAAUUCUGUUGGAGGCUUGCGAGGGGCACAGAAGUACAUCAAACUGGCACUUGAAGCCAACAAACUUCGACUCGGACCAACAGCAUCAGAUCUUGGUGCUUGCAACGGCAUGGCUGAGAAUCCUCAGGGCCACUGGAGCUGGAGAAUGAGAAAGCCGAUUUGA